CGUUAAGUACAAAGGUCCGGAUUCAACUGGUAGUGCGCUUUUGCCAUUUGGAGCCAAAAUUUGGGAUUAUUGAGCUGCAGCAAGCCACAAUUUUGCACACAUCUCGUACGCAACGUGCGCUCUUCCAAUUGCCGCCAUUUUUGAAGGUUGCCUCGUUGAAUAAAACGCAUGAGCUUGAGACCAGAAAUUAAAGCAACAAAACAAUUUGACUAAAAUCCCAUAAAAUGGAGGCGUCUGCUUUCGUUUGAACUCUUCCAAAUGGUUCAUAUUUUUCUAUUCGCAGACAAACACGAGCACUUUUCAAAAUGACAACUUUGGAGCUCUCCUGAGGGUUGUAAAGUGUGAAACGAGGCUGCACCGAGGUGAAUAUGAAUGCGUCAAUUAUUUGCACAAAAGGAGAAGGCAAAUGUUUCGGUCAUGGAGUGCGUGUGGACACGAAUUCCAUGCAAAGCAGUUUGGGGGACAGACACGCAAAUUCAGCAAUUUCGCACUGAAAUCACGAAAAAUGAAUAUGAAUUAUAGAAUCCAAAUGAGGAGAAAUGACGAAGCGCCUCCAUCUUGCUCUUGCCGCCCUCACCGGUGUCUCGGUGACCGCAGAUGUCACUUUUGAUUCGCGUCGUUCCAUUUUAGCGAGGCUCGCACCUCGAGCGCGCUCCGGCUCUUGCGCGCGUGCACGUUUGGGGAUCCGGACUCCACGCUAGCGCGCAGCUCGGACGGAACUUGCAGGGAUGAAACUUUAACAAGCGGCGCUAUCUGAUCUGAUGGUGUCGUCUUGAUCGCUUUUGAUUUUCGCAACUAUUUAUUUCCAUGUCUGACGACGGCGAGGAAAGCCAUGGCGGCGAGAAAGAGCGUCGCGCGGCGUCGCCGUCCGCGGCUCCCCGUCGGCGGCCCCAGGACCUCUUCUCCUCGGCCUCUCCGCUCCUGGUGCACGCGGACCCGCCGCACUGCCUUCGCUCGUCCCCGGAGAACCGAGACCCCGGGACCCCCCCUCAGCUCGCGCCGCCAAACUUCCGCGACCGCGGCGGGGACUGCCCGAGCCGCUCCGCGCACCUCGACGUGGUGUGCGAGCACCGCGACGAGCCGCCGCCCCCCUGGAGACGAGGCGGCUCCGGGAAGGACGGGGGCCUUCAGCACCGCGGACGGAGAGCCCGGCGAGCCCCCGAAGCCCCCGAAGCCCCCGAGCACAACUCCGACGGCCGCCAAUCGGCGGAGGCCACGCAGCGCCGGCACACCACGCUGAGGGAGAAGGGGCGCCGCCAGGCGGUCCGGGGCCCGGCCUACAUGUUCAACGAGCGCGGUUCGGCUCUCACCGCGGAGGAGGAGCGCUUUCUCGACGCGGCCGAGUACGGGAAUAUCCCCGUCGUGCGUAAAAUGCUGGAGGACUCCCGAACGCUGAACUUCAAUUGUGUGGACUACAUGGGCCAGAAUGCCUUGCAGCUGGCUGUGGGAAACGAGCACCUGGAGGUCACCGAGCUGCUCCUGAAGAAGGACGGCUUGGCCCGGAUCGGAGACGGCCUCCUCCUGGCCAUUUCCAAGGGUUACGUCCGCAUCGUAGAGGCCAUCCUGGGCCACCCGGCCUUCGGCGGCGGUCUGCGGCUGACUGCGAGUCCCCUGGAGCAGGAGAUGCGCGACGACGACGACUUCUACGCCUACGACGAGGACGGGACGCGAUUCUCGCACGACGUCACGCCCGUCAUCCUGGCUGCUCACUGCCAAGAGUACGAGAUCGUCCACAUUCUCUUGACCAAAGGCGCUCGCAUAGAGAGGCCCCACGACUACUUCUGCAAGUGCGCCGAGUGUGUGGAGAAACAGAAAAAGGACUCGUUCAGCCAUUCCCGCUCCAGGAUGAACGCCUACAAGGGCCUGGCCAGCGCGGCUUACCUGUCGCUCAGCAGCGAAGACCCGGUGCUGACCGCACUGGAGCUCAGCAACGAGCUGGCCAGACUGGCCAACAUUGAGACCGAGUUCAAGAACGACUACCGAAAGCUGUCCAUGCAGUGCAAAGACUUUGUGGUGGGGGUGUUGGACCUCUGUCGGGACACGGAGGAAGUGGAAGCCAUCGUGAACGGCGACGUGGACCUGUGCCCGCCGAGCCCCUACAACCGGCCCUGCCUCAGCCGCGUCAAGCUGGCCAUCAAGUACGAAGUCAAGAAGUUUGUGGCCCAUCCCAACUGUCAACAGCAGCUACUGACGAUCUGGUACGAGAACCUUCCCGGUCUGAGGCAGCAGUCGCUCGGCGUGAAGUGCUGGACGGUGCUGGGGGUCACCGUCGGCCUGCCCUUCUUGGCUUUUGCCUACUGGAUCGUGCCGUGCAGCAAGCUGGGUCAGAUCCUGCGAAGCCCGUUCAUGAAGUUUGUGGCCCACGCCGUCUCCUUCAGCAUCUUUUUGGGUCUGCUGGUGGUCAACGCCUCCGACCGCUUCGAGGGCGUCAAGAACCUGCCCAACGAGACCAUCACGGACCACCCGCGGCAGGUUUUUCGGGUCAAGACCACCCAAUUUUCCUGGACCGAGAUGUUGAUCAUGAAGUGGGUGUUGGGGAUGAUUUGGUCCGAGUGCAAGGAGAUCUGGAGCGAUGGGCCCAGAGAGUACAUCAUGCACCUGUGGAACCUUCUGGACUUCGGCAUGCUCUCCAUCUUCGUGGCGUCCUUCACGGCGCGUUUCAUGGCCUUCCUCAAGGCGUCCAAAGCCCAGCAGUACGUGGACAUGCACGUGCCCGACCGAGACCUCAGCAACGCCUCGCUGCCCGACGACGUGGCCUACUUCACGUUCGCCAGGAACAAGUGGCGCCCGUCGGACCCUCAGAUCAUCUCCGAGGGUCUGUACGCCAUCGCGGUCGUGCUGAGCUUCUCGCGCAUCGCCUACAUCCUCCCGGCCAACGAGAGCUUCGGUCCGCUGCAGAUCUCGCUGGGACGCACGGUCAAGGACAUCUUCAAGUUCAUGGUCAUCUUCAUCAUGGUCUUUGUGGCCUUCAUGAUCGGCAUGUUCAACCUGUACUCGUACUACCUUGGAGCCAAGUACAAUCCGGCCUUCACCACCGUGGAGGAGAGUUUUAAGACUCUUUUCUGGUCCAUCUUCGGGCUGUCAGAAGUCAUCUCCGUGGUGCUGAAGUACGACCACAAGUUCAUCGAGAACAUCGGUUACGUGCUGUACGGGGUCUACAACGUCACCAUGGUGGUCGUCCUCCUCAACAUGCUCAUCGCCAUGAUUAACAGCUCGUACCAGGAGAUCGAGGAGGACGCCGACGUGGAGUGGAAGUUCGCUCGCGCUAAGCUGUGGCUCUCCUACUUCGACGAGGGCCGCACUCUGCCCGCCCCCUUCAACCUGGUUCCCAGUCCAAAGUCCUUCUACUACCUGGUCCUGCGCAUGAGGUCCGGCCUUUUGGGGAUGUGCAAGGUGGGCAGACGUCAGCGCGGCACCGAGCUGGAGCUCGGAAUGCUCAACUCCCGGGCCAAGAGUGACCCCUUCAGGUCUUUCCCGUCGCUGCGAGAGGAGUUCCACAACUUGUCCCGAAAUUCUAGAAAGCAUCCAACCAGAUACGAGAAGAUCAUGAAGCGACUCAUCAAGCGUUACGUGCUCAAGGCCCAAGUGGACCGAGAGAGCGAUGAAGUCAACGAAGGUGAGCUGAAGGAAAUCAAGCAGGACAUUUCCAGCCUGCGGUACGAGCUGCUGGAGGACAAGUCGGAGGCCGCCGGGGAGCUCUCGCUGCUCAUUCAGCAACUCGGGCAGAAAUUUGCCAAGAACACCACGCGCCACUGACGGGACGGGGAAAGGGAAAAAAAAAAACCACCGAGGAGAAACGUGAGAACGCGAGGGACGGGAAGCGGGAUGUUUACCAGUGACGCAAGGACAAAAGUGCAAAGAAAGAGGCGCAAACAUGUUGUACAAACGUUUCGUGUCUUCGGGCAAAAAAAAAAAAAAAAAAAGUAAAAGAAAAGCUUUGAAUUUCAAGGGCUCGCCCGGAUCGCGUUGCCUCCCGAUUAAAACGCGAGGAAGGAGGCGAAGGAGGAAGAUCGAAAUAUGAACUCAUGAAUGAACGGAAGGAAGGAAGGAAGGAAGGAAGGAAGGAACCUUGCUGGACACUGGCAGUUUGUUUCCUCGAGGCUGGCGAGUCAAAAGACUCCACAGGCCUUCUCCACCAGGCGGUCGAAUUAAUUCGUACUUCUACAGUUCCAUGAAAAGUCAUUCUUGAAAAAAUACGUGCAAUGGAUUCACUCAGUUGGAAAUAUUUCACAGUCAAUAGAAAGAAAGAAAGAGCUCCUGCUUCGUGCUGUUUGAACACCCAGCGAGCACAACGUGGCGUGGAUCGAAAUAAAACGCUCGAGUUUAGCACACAUUCGGGUUUUUAAUAUCAACGCAGAAUAAGGAAAAGAAAAAAAAAAAACAGUUCAGGUUGAGCUUGCAGACGUUCAAGAUCGGGCCUCGGAGGACGACGACAAACCAACUUCAAUUGUCAGUCUGUGUCGAGCUUUGUGUGCUUUUCAAAUGUGAUCCUGAAAAUCCUCCGUGCAGAUUUUUUUUUGACCUCACGUGCCACAAAGUGUAUGCAAGUGAAGGAGGCAGUUCGGCCGAGGGCAAAACCGCAGAAACCGCGGAAGCCCGACUCAAAAUUGACCUUCCAUCUUUUCGUCAACUGAUCUAUUUUAGCGGACAAACCUUGUACGACAAAUAAUCUCUUCCCUCAAAUCGCUCUCCUACUGCCCAUUUUAGCCUACAGUAUAUCAAAAGAAGGCGUUACUCAAUUGAUGCGGUAAUUAAGAAUCGUGAAAUAAUCCAUUCGAAAUCAGUGGCGGGCCUCGCACACAAAGAUGAAAAACAUUUGUGACCUGGCGCCGCUAAUUCCCCAAAGAUUAUUAUCCAGCGUCCUGCUCGAAACAUUUCGCGAUGGCGCCAAACGUCGUCGAAAUGGCAACGCCCCGAUAAACAAAUUCUUCCGAUCGGAUUUUUGGGCGUCCGCAAGAACUUUUUUCCAAUUUAAACGUGCUUGAUUUGUUUUUGCCGAGUCACAAUUCUCGGCAUCACGGCAGACCCGCGUCGAAGCGUUUUUAUCGCUAAAUGUUACGUUUUCGAUAUUUAAGACUGUCAGCCCUGUCCCGCUUCGGCGUGGGGAAAAAAAUUGGCUCCCAGCGCCCCUCACGGCUAUGGCUGAUCUUUAAGAUUUAAGAUUGUCUGGCAUUUGACAUGCUUGAUAAAGCGAAUUCUGAUUCUGAUGCUCGGUCGACAAAAGCGGGCCCAUUUUCUUUGCGUUGCAGCCUUGCAGACGUUCGCCACGGCGCCGUUCUCCGACCCGGCACAGCAGCGCAAUCAAUCAGAUUUAAAAAGCAAAGUCACCAAUUCACUGUCGGUUUUCCCAUCGUUGAUUGAGGAAAUGUCGUCAAAAAUAAAUUCCCGAGCCAAUUUUCAAUGAUUUGAAUUCCGAGGGGCCGCAAUGUCUUCUGGAAAUGUGGGUGUGAAACCCAGCAAAGCGCACGGACAGCAAGCAAAUUCCACCCAAAAAGAAGCCGGCAGAACUUUUCGUUGUCCGAACCCCGUCGAGCUCCGCGCUGGGCUGCAUGGACGUCAUUUCUUUAGCGCCACAAAGUGGAUGUAACGGUUGCUCAUUUGUAUUUAAAAAAAAAAAAGAAUAGUUAAGAAGCGAAGCCUCAGCUGCAGAGACGUAUUCAUAUUCCAACUGCCCCCCCCCCCCCAUAACGUGCGAGUGAAUACGACCUUCAGUUGUUUCUGUCGAUUGUUUUUUUUUUUUAAGGCUGACGACGCUUCCAAGCAUUCAUUGCUUUACGUUUCUUUCUUUCUGCUUUUUGUUUAUUGGGUUGUUUCUUUCGCUCGCGCUCGUUUGUUAUCGGAGAGACGGGAGAAGCAUUCAAGUGAUGAUCAGAAUGUUCAAAUCCAUGCAAAUGCAUUUUUGGGAGCAGGACUAGUAAUGUAGCAUAUUGCGUUGGAUUCAUGAUGGUGUGAGAUUUUUUUUCCUCGUCAAGUUUACGAUGCAAAACUAAAGCUCGUCACGUACACAUACACUGUACGAUCUGAAACGAGACAUUGUGGCGUUUACAUAAUUCACCCGCGGGACCUCGAGUUGGGGGACUGUUUUUGUCGUUGCGCUUCCGGAGUAAAAUGUUAACAGAGUUCCCGCCGUUAUGCGAGUAGUUUGGCGAUGUCGAACAAUAAAGCGAGUCCUGUUCCUGUGUCCGGCGCUACAACAUCUUCUUUAUCUCAUCAACUGUCGGUCUGAUUAUAACAACCGUCCUCUUGUUCUCAUUCGACGUUCCGUGCGUAAUGCAGUAUUUUCAUCUGGAAUAUCAUCGAUCAGACAUCGUUCAUAGUUGAUUAGGAUGGCGCAAAUUGUUUAUGUUCACCUUUUGAUCUUUAGACACACAAAAAAAGAGCCUUUGGUGUCCAUAGCUAGGAGAAUACAUGAGCUGCAAUAUUGUUUUUUUUUUUUAAUACUUAUUCAAAUGAAACAUGACCGUAUAUUACCAUAUUUUGGGGUCCUUGAAAUAAACAGUCAGCUCAGAAUUGUUAAGUCCGUCAUUUUGAAUUCAUGCCAGUUUGAUGUGGCAUAUUUAUUUGCUGGCAUUUUCGGAACAGAAAUGUAGAUAUAUUUUUCACAAGGAUGCAACUUGCACUUCACGAGAGUCAUUUCACAGGUGAGUAGAAUCAAACGGAUCUUUGGCAAAUAAAAAAAAAAAAAAAUAACCCCAACAUACGAUGAUUGCGUGAAGGCGGAUCUGCAGACGAGCCGACUCCCUGCCUCGUUAUCUUUUUGGAGCGCUGAGGUUGGUUCCAACCGCUCAAGCGUUUCGUCAUCUGGCUGAGUUGCAACAGGGAGCCAGUGACUGGGGUGCUUCCGGGGGUGACGCCACGGGACUCCUUCUAGGCGGUCUUGAUAAACCUCGCGUCUGCUUCCCUCUGAGCCAUCCGCACGUGCAGCCCUUCAGCGGCACGUCCGUGGCACCACCAGACAGGAAGUCGCGAUGUCGUUCCUGCUACUCGGGUGGCGCUCCUGGAGGAUCUCUCGCCCUCAAACUGGAGUUCAGGACCUACUUGUUUACCUUUUAAGUGAAGGUGCAAGUUGUACAGCAGCGGUUCUCAACUGGUGGGUCCAGACCGAAAAAUGGCUCGCCAGCCCAUUUUCGGUGGCUCGCUGACAGAUUCUCGUCCUCUUUCUUUUUAGUGCAUAAAGGGCCCAUGCGCAGCUUAAUAUAG